AUGCCCCCUCUUGCGCCGCCGCCAGCUGAUCACAAGGCCUGGCCGGGGCAGAGACACGCAGAGAAGAGCCAAAAGGCCGCGGGGGCGCCGGCGCCGCGCGAGGCGCUCGUGCAGCGGAGGGCGUCGUUCCACGGGCGCGGCACGCCCGAGCAUCAGCAGCAGCAGCGAGACCACCUGCUGAGACAGAGGCCCCGGACACACCCGGACCUGCUGGCCGGCGUCAGGGAGCCGGGCUUCCGGCGGGCGGGCGUCCACGGCGGCGACGCUACCACCGCCGCCGCUGUCGCUGUCCCGUGGGGCAGGAGGGCGGCGCCGAGCAAGGCGCUGGUGACCGUCGCCGUGCAGCGGAGCAUGUGGGCGCUGCACGUGAUGGCGGGCGCCGAGUGGCGCGUCGCGGACCUGGUCGCCGCCGCGGUGGAGCUCUACACCAGGGAAGGACGGCGCCCGCUGCUGCCGUCCGCCGACCCCUCCGCGUUCGGCCUCCAUUACUCCCAGUUCAGCUUGGAAAGCUUGGACCCGGCGGAGAAGCUCAUGGAGCUAGGGAGCAGGAGCUUCUUCCUCUGCCCCAGGGCUACUGCGGCAGUUGCGGCUCCCUCUACGCGCCCAGUAACUGAAGCCGGCAAGACCACGCCCACCUCUGGGCCAAACAUGCUACCUCCAUGGCUCGGCUUCAUGCACUUCUGGCCAUUGUUGUAG